GUCACCCGGGCAAAUGACGGAGACGGGUGGCGGCUUAACCAGAGCCGGGGCGUCGCGGCGACUUCCGCUCUUGCGCCGCGGGUCUUGGCGAGCGUGUGCCCGCUGCUCUCUGGGGCCUGGAACAGAGCUCUGCUGACACCGGAAGGGGUGGGCGAAACAAGCUGCUGCAUCCUGCGAUAUGGAUCAGAAACUUUCACAGUUGAUAGAGGAGCUCACGACUUCAGGAGAAUCCCAGCUGAAUGCUCAGAAAAUGAAGGAACUGAAGAAAAUUUGCAAGUCUUCAGAGGAGCAGCUGAGCCAUGCCUACCGCCUGCUGAUGACACAACUGACCCAGGACCACGCCGAGAUCCGCCUCUCGGCCUUCCAGAUCACGGAUGAGCUCUUCACCCGCUCCCAUCAGUUCAGAGUGCUGCUUGUUUCCGACUUCCAGGAGUUCCUAGAGCUCACUCUGGGCACAGAUAGUGACCGUCCCUUGCCACCCCCUCGGGAGGCAGCUCAGAGGCUAAGGCAGGCAGCCAUGCAAGCUGUGGAAGGUUGGAAUGAGAAGUUUGGGGAGGCCUAUAAGAAGCUAGCCUUGGGCUACCACUUCCUAAAACACACCAAAAAGGUGGAUUUUCGGGAUAUAAAUGUUAGGACUGUGGCAGAAAGGAAACGAGAAGAGGAGAAGCAGAAGCACUUGGAUAAAAUCCACAGAGAAAGUGCUGAUCGGGCUAAGAGGGAAAUGGAAGAAAUGUCUGAUGAAAUUGGAUGCUGCCUGACAGAAGUGGAGAACUGCUUUAAACUGCUGGUGCCUUUGGAUUUUGUUCCGUACCCAGAUGAUCAACUCUUUAGCGAGGUGUCUGGCAUAACAGAGAGCCAUGCUCCUUGCACCUUGAGCCCAGAGCUGGCAACUCCCUGUGAGUCUGGUCUCUCUGGACCCCAGGACGGAGAGCAGCCAUGUUGUAGCAAGGACCUGCUUGCCCCUGCAUACCAUGGAGGCUCUGUCGUGGGUCUGAAGACACUAGCCCAAACAGCCACACAAGACCCCUGCAGGGACGAGGAUGAACACAGCGACCCAGAGGAUUUCCUGCGGAGCCAUGGGCUGGGUUCCCACAAGUACACGCUAGAUGUGGAAGUCCCCUCAGAUGGUCUGAAGGUACAGGAGAAUGAAGACAACCUUGCUGUGCUCCAUGCUGCUCGAGACUCACUCAAACUCAUCCAGAACAAGUUCCUGCCAACUGUAUGCUCCUGGGUCCAGCGGUUUACCCGUGCAGGAACCUACAGUGGACAUUUAAAACAGGCCAUUGACCUGAAAAUGGAACUGGAACUUGCUCUGAAGAAAUAUGAAGAACUGAACAUUGAGCCUGGGAGAGGACAGAAGAGCAGGAUAGAAGCACUGGAGGACAGCGAUGAUGAGGAUCAGGACUUCGUGGAGGUCCCAGAGAAAGAGGGUUAUGAGCCUCGAAUCCCUGACCAUCUCCGAGCUGAAUAUGGGCUGGAGCCAAAGGCCCCACCAAAGACUCUGGAGAAAGCUACAGCUGCAUGCAGCUUCCAGGAGAGGGCCAGGAUGAGAAGGGAAGAGGAGGCCUCAGACCCUACCUCUGCAGCUGCCCAGAUGUUGCGGUUCCAGGACUGCUUGUCUUCUUCCUCCCCCUCCUCUACCAGGGCACUUCCUGGGCCAGAGGAAGCCCAGAAGCAAGCAGAGCGAGCCCGAGCACCCGUUGUGCCCUUCGGAGUGGACCUGUGCUACUGGGGCCAGGAGCAGCUAACAUCUGGAAAGAUUCUUAAAUCUGACUCUCAACACCGCUUCUGGAAGCCCAGAGAGGUGGAGGAAGAGGUGGACAGCGCCCAUGUUUCCGAGCUGCUCCACAGCCGCCACAUUACCUUUUCAGGGAAGUUUGAACCUGUGCAGCACAAGUGCAGGGCGCCGAGGCCUAACGGCAGGCUCUGUGACCGCCAGGAUCGACUGAAGUGCCCAUUCCAUGGGAAGAUCAUCCCCAGAGAUGACCAGGGGCAGCCUCUCAACCCGGAAGACAGAGCCCGUGAGCAGCGGCAGCAGCUUCAGCAGCAACAGGCACAUCCAGAUUGGCAGGACCCUGAGUUUAUGAAGGACGUGGAAGCAGCCACAGGGGUGGACCUUGGUUCAUCCAGAUAUAGCAAGAAGGGCAAAGGGAAAAAGAAGAAGCACCCCAACCUCACCGACCUGCGAGAGCGUGCCAACACUUCCCGGGCCCGCCUUGAGAAGAAGGUCUUUGCCAAGGCAGCUGUGCAGAGAGUAGUUGCUGCCAUGAACCAGAUGGACCAGAAGAAGCAUGAGAAGUUUGCAAACCAAUUUAAUUAUGCACUGAAGUGAAGUGUGGCUGUGCUGAGGCCCCGGGUGGCCGUCAGCCCUUUCCCUCCCAUUAGCUUACUAGGAUGGGAAGGAGAAAGACUUAAGUCUGAAUCAAAUCAGAGGCAGUUUUUUUCUGUAUGUAACAAUGGAGUGAUGUAUUAAAAUACUCUCCAGGUGGCCAGGGAAUAUGGUUUAGUGGUGAGGCCAGGGUGUGAUUCUCAACUAUUUUAACUACACAUGUGGUACCACACCUAUAAUUCCAGCACCUGGAAGAUGUAAACAGGACCAAGUCCUAGGCCAGUAUGGCUUACAGAGCAAGACUACUAGAGAAACAAGAACAAAAAGCCAGGUGAGGCGAUGCACACCUGUAAUCCUAACACUUAGGAGCAGGGCAGGAAGAGCAGCACAAGUUAAAAGCUAACCUUUUAGUUGCCGGGCAUGGGAGGCACAUCCUUAAUCCCAGCACUCAGAAGGCAAGGCAGGUGGAUCUCUGAGUUCGAGGCCAGCCUGGUCCAGCCCAGUCUGAGUUCCAGGACAGCCAGGGCUAUUCAGAGAAACCCUGUCUUAAAAAAAAUCAAAAAUCAAAAAAAAAAAUUAAUAAUAAUAAUAAAAUUUAAAAAAGAAAGAAAGAAAGAAAACAAACAGCUAAUCUAGUCUAAGUUGUAAGUUCUAGGCCAGCCAAACUUACAUAAGCAGAGUAUGUCUGGGAGGAGGGGGAGGAGAGAUUCCUUCAGGAUAACAUCCCUGUAUUGGGAUUGGAUAGGGGCAGGUACUCUGCCUGGUUGGAGGUCAGCCCUUGGGCAGUGAGUGUGUCCCUAGUGGUGCUGUGCAUUUGGUCAUGCACCCUUUCAUGUAUGUGCUGUUUCAUACACUGUCCAGCUCCUGGCAGCACUGUGGACCAGCUCUGUGGAGCCCUAACUCACUUGUCAUGUAGUCCACCUAGGUUAUGCACAGUGUAUAACCAAUGACACCAUCUGCUUGCAGAACUCUAUUACUCAGACAAACUUCCUGGACGCCUCUAAGCCUGCUUUCUAUGUCCAUAAAGACACUCUAAAGAUCAGGGCCAAGCCAGGCGUGGUGGCCUGUAAUCCCAGCACUUGGGAGGCAGAGGCAGGCAGAUUUCUGAGUUCGAGGCCAGCCUGGGCUACAGAGUUUAUGUUGUUCUGGCAGUCUGAGAGCCCACAGUGUAGGCCAGGCUGCUCUCCAGCUCACAGAGCCUCCUGCCUUUGUCUCUUCAGGACUGAGAUUAAGGGCACGGGUCACUACGCCUGGCUGAGUGUGUGGUCUUUUGCUUCUGGCUACUUUGCCUUUGUUUUAAGGUUCUUCCAUGUUGUAAUAUCAAUACUUCAUUCCUGUUUACUGCACAUAAAAAACCACAGCAGAGUACUAGGAAGAUGGCUCAGUAGGUGGAGCACUUGCCAUGUAAUUAUGAGGACUGAGUUGGAAUCCCCAACAUCCAUAUACAAAUCAAGUGGCUGUGGUGGUCUGCUAUAACCCUGGCCGUGGUGAGAGGGCACAGGGUCCCUGGGCAAACCCAGGAAGGAGUCAGUGCGUUCUGGAUCCAGCAAGAGACUCCGCCUCUGUAAACAGAGUGGACAACAAUCAAGGGAGACGCUCAACCACAGCCUCUGACCUAUAAUAUGACAAUGCACGUAUGCCCAUAGACAUCUGCCCACACAUAGGCAAAUACACACACACACACACAAUCACAGUGGAUAGAGCCAUAUUUUGUCAUUGCCACAUCCACCCUCUCUUUUGAGACAUGGUCUCCCCGCCUGUCCUACAACUCAUUUUGUAGAUGAGGCUGGCCUUGAAUUCAGAGAUCUGCCUGCCUCUGCCUCCUGAGUGCUGAGACUAAAGGCGAGCGCCAUGACCUGUCUCCAUGGAUUCGUUACUGAUGUGUGUGGUCGCCCACCUUAGGGCUGCUGUGGACAUCUGUGCUUGAGUUUGUGUCAAUAACUGCUUUUGUUGUCACUGAUGCACAUAGUCACUUCCUGGGAUGGACCGAGCUGCUGAAUGGGGGCGGCACCAUUACACUCACUCUCCAGGGCUUCCCGAGGUCGCCAUGCUGUCACUGCUGUCUUUGUUUCUUUUGCUUUUUUGAGAAUUGCAUACAAGAGCACUGUGUUCACAUCAUUUCCACCUCUCCUGCCCUCUCCAGAUUCUCCCAUGCCCUCCUUUCAAAUUCAUGAUCUCUUCUUUAUCCUCACACAUGAAGAUGGCUGCUGUCAUCUUCAGCAGUAAGGUCUUAGCUUCACAUUUUGCGAAGGGCAACAGCAUUAGCCUGUGUUAUUUGGUCGUCUCUUAACUCCCCGGCCACAACUUGGGAGGCUUCCUGUUUGUGUACAUGGACUUUUGUUAGAUAGUGUCUACUUAAAGACAAAAAAAAAAAAAAAAAAAAAAAAAAAUCACAUGAUUAUCUCAAUAGAUGCAGAACCUUUGACAAAAUCCAAUAUAAUAAAAUAAAAAUCCUAGAGAGGCUAGGAAUGGAGGGGACAUGUAAAGUAAGAAGCCAUCAAACAAUAACGGAUUUUCAGUAGAAGUUAUAGAAGGCAGAAGAGUUUGGACCAGGAUACUGACUUACAGUACUGUACCCAGCUAAACUUUCUGCCAUAGUUGAAGGAAAAGGAAAAGAAUUCCAUGUUAAAAACAAGCCCAAAGGAUUCAUGUCCACCAAAUUAAUCCUACAGAGAAGCCCAGGAGCAAGUCUUUAGACUGAAAAGAGGAAAAAGGAGAACGACAAGGAAAGCCGGGCAGUGGUGGCGCACGCCUGUAAUCCCAGCACUUGGGAGGCAGAGGCAGGCGGAUUUCUGAGUGCAACACCAGUCUGGUCUACAGAGUGAGUUCCAGGACAGCCAGGGCUACACAGAAUCCCUGUCUCGAAAAACAAACAAACAAAAAACCGUCAAGGGAAACCAGUGAAGCUGUGAUUGCUGAAGCAGAGAAGAGGAUGAGGACAAAGCAAGACAGCAGGAGCCAGCACACGCCGUUAGCAGGAACUAGAUUUUACUGCUUCCCACUCAAGACACACAGGUUAGUUGAAGGGAUUGAGAACUCAGCUUUAAAGAUCAGGGCCACCUUAGAACAUAAGGUAGGAAAUAGUAUUCUGAGCAAGUGCAGACGGGCAGGAGGCAGGCGUCACUACCUUUAUUUUAUUAUUUUAUUUUAUUUUAUUUUAUUUUAUUUUAUUUUAUUUUUUGAGACUGUCUUCCUAUAUGUCCUAGCCUGCUAUAUAAACCAGGUGGGCCUUGAACUCAUAGAGAUCUGCCUGCUUCUGCCUUCCAAGUAGUAGAAUUGAAGACAAGGACUCUUCAUUCUAACCAAGAUAACAACCGACCAAGAAUACAUUAGGGUUCUGUAUACACCAAACUCUAGCACACCCAGUUUCAAAGGAGACAUGCUAUCGAACUCAAAGACACAGAUCACUCCAGUAUUAGUGGGUGAUUUCUGUACCCCACUUUCUCCAGAAGAUGGGUCAUCUGAACAAACUAAAGAAUAGAGAUAUCAGAAUUAAGUGAUGUCACACAUCAAAUGCACCUAACACAUAUGUACAGAAUGUUUGACCCAAAGACUAAUGAGUAUACAUUCUACACAGCAGGCCAAAUAUCCAAACAGAUCAUAUUGGCCAGGAGGUAGUAGUCCACACCUUUAAUCCAAGCACUCAGGAGACAGAGGCAAGCAAAUCUUGAGUUUGAGGUCAGUCUGGUUUACAGAAUGAGUUCCAAGAUAGCCAGGGAUACCCAGAGAAACCCUAUCAAAAAUAAAAAUAAUUAAGUAGAUCACACCAUUUGACACAAAACAUAACAAGUUCAGAAAAAUUGAAAAAAAUUAAUUUAUCUAACCACAAUGCAAUAAAACUUCAAGUCAAUAGCAAACAAGUCCCUGGAAGCUGUACAAAUUCAUGAGGAUUAAACAACACAUUACUAAAUAAUGAAUGGGUCAAAAAAAAAAUAAAGAAAAAAGUAGUUUAAUCCUGAAGUUACAUAAAACUGAAAACACAACAAAACCUCUGGAUACAUGGAAUGGAGUCCUAAGAGGAACUAACUCUACCUAUUAAAAAUCAGAAAAAAAGCACAAAUAAAUUACUUAAUGAUGCAAUUCAAUGAUUUGUAAAACAACAACAAAUCCAAAUUGAGUAGAAAGGAAUACCUAGUAAAAACAACAUAAAUUAAUGAAAUUGAAAGAAAAAAAUCAGUGAAUCUAAGAGCUGGUUCUUUGACAAGCUAUUGGCAGAUUCUAGCUAACCAACUAACCAAAAUCAAAACAAACAAAAAUAAAGACAUGAUUCAAAUGAAUAUAAUUAGAGUUGAACGGGGAGCCAUCGUGGCAUCAAUGAGAUUCAGAGUCCUGUAAAAGAACACUUUAAAAACAUACUCUUCAUUAAGUCAGAGACUCUAAAAGAAGCACACAAGGUGUGCAUGUGGUGCACAUACAUGCAAGCAAGACACUCAUGAAUAAUUUUUAAUUAAAGGAAUGGAUGAAUUUCUAGUUUAAUUCAAACUACCAAAGUUAAACUAAGAAGAGGACAACAAUUUCAACAGAACUAUAACAUUACACCACCAAUGCCUCUUAAGCAGAGACCAAGAGAAGAAGAAGAAGAAGAAGGAGGAGGAGGAGGAGGAGGAGGAAGAAGAAGAAGAAGAAGAAGAAGAAGAAGAAGAAGAAGAAGAAGAAGAAGAAGAAGAAGAAGAAGAAGAAGAAGAAGAAAGAACAACAACAGAAGGAACAUUUCCAGAUUCUUUCUAUGAAGCCAGUAUUGCUUUAAUACAAAAAACCAUGUAGGCACCAACAACAAUAUAUCUGAUAUAGGUAUAUAUUUCUGAUGGACAUAGAUACAAAAAUCUAAUAAAAUACUGCCAACUGAAUGCAAACAUAUAUCAAUAAGUUCCCCUAAGAAAGGACUGGAUGUAGGUAGUGAACACUUCAGCCAUGAAAGAAGAUAUAAAGUUAAUUCUUUUUCUAGUUUUGACUCCUUUUUUUGGUAGUUAAGUCAUAAAAAUCUGUUUGAUAGUGAAAGUGUAAAAUCCAGUGUGAAGUCCACAGCUCCAUUGAGAUGGAGAAAUUUUGGGUCUGAUUAAAUUCACUGUGUGAUAGUUUUUAUAAGUUUUUUGUAAUAAAAAUUUUUUCCUUUUGUUGCUCUUUUUUUGCUAUUUUGCGACAGGUUUCCCUGUGCAGCCCUGGCUGUCCUGGAGCUCACUCUGUAGACCAGGCUGGCCUUGAACUCAGAAAUCUGCCUGCCACUGCCUCCCAAGUGCUGGGAUUCAAGGUGUGCACCACCACUGCCCGGCUGUAAUAAAGUUUUAAUAAUACAAAAGAUCUAUUAUAAUCACAAUAAAAGCCAUAUAUGAUAAGCCCACAGCUAACACCAUCCUAUGAAAAGUAUGAAGAAAUCCCACAUUUCAAGCUCUGUUCCAGAGACACAGCAAUGAAAAGAGCCUGUGCUGUUCAAAAGCAGAUGUGCAGGCAUGGAACAGAACAGACUCAAAUGUGAGUGCACGACCACAGCUAGGUAACAUCCGACAAAAGCAGAUGUGCAGGCAUGGAACAGAACAGACUCAAACGUGAGUGCACGGCUACAGCCAGGUAACAUCCGACAAAGAUCCCAAAGUAUACACUAGAGGAAGACGGCAUCUUCAGCAGGCAGGGCUUGAAAAGCUGGAUGCCCACAUGUACAAGAAUGGAAUUAGACCCUUAUCCAUCGCUGUGCACAAAAAUUAGCUCCAAAUGGAUCAAGACCUCAACAGGAAACCUGAAACCCUGAGACUGCUAGAAGAAAACGUAGGCCAUGUCCCGUGGGCUAAGGCUGCAGGGACAGUCUGGACAGGGCUCCAUUUGCUCAGGAAUUAAGACCAACCAUUUAUGAAUAAGACCUUAUAGAGCUACAAAGCUUCUGUACUGCAAAGGAAUUCAAAAAUAAGCUCACAGGAUGAGAUAGGACCUUUGCCAGCUGCACAUCUGGUAGAUGAUUAAUAUCCAGGAUAUACAGAUAAACCAAAAUAACCUAUUUUAAAGGGAUAUGUAGGAGUUGGAGAGAUGUCUCAGCAGUUAAGAGCACCUCUUCCAGAGGUCCUGAGUUCAAUUCCCAGCAACCACAUGGCGGCUCACAACCAUCUGUGAUGGGAUCCAAUGCCCUCUUCUGGUGUGUCUAGAGACACCUGCAAGUGAGACCACAUACGUAAAAUAAAUCUUUUUUAAAAAAAGAUAUGUAGAUCUAGACUUUCUUUUUCUCAGAAAAAAAUAUUUUUUUCUGAAGAAAAAAAAUGGUUUUAAAAAGUAUUCAGCACCUUUAGCAAUGAGGGAGAUGCACAUCCGGAGCUCCAGGAGCUCAUCCCCCAAGUCUGAAGGCCGGGCUCGUCAUUCCCUCCAGUUUCCCUGUUUUUGUUUAGUUUCUGAGACAAGGCCUCACUGUGCAGCUGUAGUUCUGACUGCUCUAGAACUUGCUGUGUAGUAUAGGGUGGCCUUGAACCCAGCACAGGCCCAUGUACUCCUGCCUCUGCCUGUGACCACUGCUCUUAAAGGUGUGCAUCACCAUCCUUGGCUAUUUAAGAAAAAGUGUGUAUGGGUGUGGGUUGUUUUUUUUAAAGAAUUUCAAAAACAAUUUUUUAAUGUGUAUGGACGUUUUGCCUGCACAUAUGUAUGUCAGCCAUGUUUAUCCUGGUACCUACAGAGGCCAGGGAGAGGGGUCACAUGGCCUGGAACUGGAGUUACAGCUGGUAGCUGCAAACCUGAGACUUCUGGGACCUUCUUUCUAGACUCACAUCUUGUUACUUUUUUCCUUUCUUUUUUUAUUUUAUUUUAUUUUAUUUUAUUUUAUUUUAUUUUAGUUUAGUUUAGUUUAGUUUAGUUUAGUUUAGUUUAGUUUAGUUUUUUUGUUUUUGGAGACAGGGUUUCUCUGUGUAGCCCUGGCUGUCCUAGAACUCACUCUGUAGACCAGGCUGGCCUCGAACUCGGAAAUCCGCCUGCCUCUGCCUCCCAAGUGCUGGGAUUACAGGCGUGCACCACCACUGCCCGGCCCCUUUCUUUUUUUAAUAGUAACAAUCUUAGUGGAAAGUAUUACUUUAUGGUUUUGAUUUCAUUUGAUUUAAUGACUAAUGGUAGUGUGUGUGUUUAUUGACUACUUGUAUGUGUGGCCACAUUUUCAAAUAACUUCUCAUUUCCAAUUAGGUUGUCUUGUAAGAGUUUUUAUAUAUGUUCUAAACACCUCAUCCUUAAAUGAUUUGGAGAUGUUUUCUCCUUGUCUUUUCACCUUGAUAGUACCCUUUAAAGUUGUUAAUCUUUUAAAAUUACAGCGUGUGUCUGUGUGUCUCUGUGUGUGAGUGUGGGUGUGCAAGCGCACUCAUUUCCAGAAGUCAGAAGAUAACCUUCAAGAAUCCAUUGGCUCCUUCCACUGUAUGGGUCCUGGGACUGAACUCAGACGGAAGGCUUAACAGCAAGUGCCUUUGCCCACUGAACCAUCUCACUGGCCCCAAAGAUUUUUAUUUUAAUAAAGUUCACUUAUAUGUUUA